UUGUCUGAACUUGAGUUAAAAGUGAGUCAUAACUUCCAUAUAAAAUUGCUCUGUUUUUGAUGCCUCACAGCAAAAAGAUUCCCUUAUCCGACAGACAUGGACAGAAUUCGUCGGAAAAUAAAGGAGGUUGGUGAUGCCAAGAAUGUUGAAAAGGUCUACGUCGAUGGAAAAGCAAUGACAAAGUUCGGUCUUUCCGGAAUAACGUACCGCCCAUACCAGCUGGACGGUGUAAAUUGGAUGAUACAGCGUUACCAUAGAAACCAUGGCUGCAUCCUCGGCGAUGAGAUGGGAUUAGGCAAAACGUGUCAGACUAUUGGCCUUUUGACGUACCUGUUUGGUUCGGGAGAAACUCAGGGGAAAUAUUUAGUCGUCAGCCCUCUGUCUGUGAUGGGAAACUGGAGAGAUGAGUUUGAAAGAUUUUCACCGAAUCUGAAGUGUAUCGUGUACAUGGGCGAUAAAGAAACCCGUGCAGCGAUGCGGAGUGAAAUCAAACAUUCCAAAUGGCAAGUUCUGAUGACAACAUACGAGCUUUGUAUGAACGAUGCAUCAUUCUUGCAGAGCUACGACUGGGAAAUUCUCGUCGUAGAUGAAGCACAUCGUCUCAAGAACCACAACUCACUCCUUCAUCAGACCCUCAAAGAAUUUACCAUCGGCCACCAUCUGCUCUUGACUGGCACGCCCGUGCAGAAUAACCUGACGGAGCUGUACUCUCUUCUGUCCUUCGUUGCUCCUCGUGUCUUCAGGAGGACCCUCAUAGAAGACUUCUUAGAGGAGUAUGAAGACUUCACGGAAGAUGAAGUAAAAAAUGACCUGCACUCUGUGCUGCUUCCCUUCUUGCUGCGAAGAACCAAGAAUGAAGUGGUCCUGGACGUUCCCAAGAAGUCUGAGGUGAUUCUUUAUCAUGGCCUAUCAGCUCUACAGAAGAAUCUAUACAAGGCAGUUUUGACUAAAGAUUACGAAGCGUUUCGUCAGGCGGAUCCGUGGAGUCAGAAACCAAAGACGAGACUCAUGAAUGUACUUGUUCAGCUCCGCAAAGUUGUCAACCACCCCUACCUCUUUGAUGGCGUUGAGCCGGAACCAUUCGAGCUCGGCGAGCACCUCGUGGAGAGUAGCGGCAAGCUUCACCUCCUGGACCAGCUACUAGUGUUCCUGCAUCAGCGCAAUCACAAAGUCCUUCUUUUCUCUCAGAUGACACGGGUACUAGACAUCCUACAGGACUAUCUUGGCUACAGAGGGUACUCUUAUGAACGUUUGGAUGGCUCCGUCCGAAGCGAGGAACGAUUCUCAGCCAUUAGGAACUUCAACGAGCACGACGAGACGUUUGCCUUCCUCCUGAGUACCAAGGCUGGAGGUCAAGGGUUAAACCUCGUGGCUGCUGAUACGGUCAUCUUCGUGGACAGUGACUUCAAUCCUCAGAAUGACCUCCAGGCUGCAGCUAGAGCACACAGGAUAGGUCAAACAAGGCCAGUCAAGAUAAUUCGUCUGGUUGGGCGAGACUCAGUCGAGGAGGUAAUCCUAAAGAGAGCGGACGCUAAACUGAAGCUGACUAACACGGUGAUAGAGGGCGGCAAAUUCUCACUGGGUGGAGUCGGUCCUGCUGAAAAUGCAACUCAGCUUUCGGAGAUGCUCAAGUUUGGAUUGGAUAAGCUCCUCCAAUCAGAAGACAGCAGCAUCGGUGACGUGGACUUGGAGGGCAUGCUGGGUAAUAGUGUCAGAGGAGAGUGGGUCGAGGAAGAGGUGACCUCUACCCAGCAUGCAUUGGAAGAGGAAGGGACAGAGGAUACUGCGGGGACUUCUGAAGGCGGUCACAUGUAUAUGUUUGAAGGAAAGGAUUACUCCAAAGAACCAGCAGCAACGGAUAAAGACAAGGAGGCGUUUGACAAUCUUAUCUCAGUUGAGGUAGUCGAACAAGAAGAUGAUCUGCAGUUGCCCCGAGCACUACGGAAGAACCGAGGCGUAAGAGACAUGCCCGAGAUUUCACUCCCUGAACGAAAGAAGAAAGAUUACACACCACAGGAACUGGAAGAAAGGAAAAGAAAGAGAGAAGAGGCUGCAUCUAAGAGGGCAGAGGCGGCCGCCAAGAGGGCUAAACUAAUGGAAGAGGCAGAGGUUCGAAGAGCCCAAGAAAGACGACAGAAACUGGAGGCAUUAUGGGCAUCCAAUGAUUACGAGUCGGUUAACAUCGCCAUGGAAACAGAUGAUGAAGAUGAGGAUGAGGAAGAUGACACUAUGACGCUUGAAGAUGACAAUGACGUCACUGCAAUCCAGUAUGUCAGUGGGGAUGUCACUCAACCGAUUAAUACUGGGGACAAUGACGCCAUUGUUGUACAUUGUGUGGAUGACAGUGGUUCUUGGGGUACAGGGGGCCUUUUCACUGCCUUGCACAGGAGGUCAGACCAGCCUGAGACGCAGUACGAGCUGGCAGGCAAAAUGAAAGAUUUAGCUCUUGGGGAUGCACACUUAAUCAGCAUUGAUGAUAAGAUGAGUCGCAGCAAUGGUAGCGAUAAGGUUGCAUUGAUCGUAGCUCACCACAGAGACAGACGUAACAAUCUAUCUGGUAUCAAAUUGUCUGCUCUGGACCAAGGUCUUCAGAGGGUGUACAGAGCUGCUAAGAAAUGCAAUGGAAGUGUUCAUCUGCCACGUAUUGGUUACGCAACGGCAGGCUUCAAUUGGUAUGGUACUGAACGACUCAUACGAAAGCUGCUAGCAUCUAAAGGCAUUCCAACAUACGUAUAUUAUUUUCCAAGACGAAGAGGAAAGCAUCGCCCAACCACCAGCCCACCCACGCACCCUAAGCCUUCAUCGACUACCCCCUCGCUUGACGCAUCAGCUCCUUCAACCUCGAGGGUAUCUACAUCAUCAUCAUCAUCCACCCAAGGAGAGGACGGGACAGGACUGCCCAGUUUCUUCCGAGGGGUGACAGUGAGCUUCAGUGAUGUUGACGAUGGGGAUUUAAAGAAACUCACACGCUAUGUUGUGGCGUAUGACGGUGAUGUCUCUGAGACUGUUGAUGAAUCAACAACCCACAUUGUGGCCAAGGAAAACACGUCAGAGGUUCAGACUCUGCUGGAUAUGAAGGCAUCCAAUCCUGACGCUGUGGUCGUGUCAACGAGAUGGCUUCAAGACUGUAUCGCAAAACAGAGUCACAUCGAUGAAGAGAAAUAUAAACUUUGAUCUUACAAAUGCAAGACUUACUCGCAUAAGAUGAGUGGGAAUUUGUUAAUGUUCAAAACAUCAUUUGGACUUGAUUGAGUUUGAUUCUCAUUGUUGAUGUUUGAUAAAUUUCUUUCUUGCCAAAAACAGUUCUUGCAAAUAAAUUGUGUAGGGGAUCCAAGUUUGCCCUCAGUGCUCAAGUGUCUGAUUCAACCUAACCUAUGAAUAUGGAGACGUGCAAAGUAGGGUUAGAUAGUUCAGUUUGUAGAGCGCCGGCACAUUAAUCUGGAGUUCGUUGGUUCAAAUCUUGCUCUAGUAAAUUUAUCUGUAUAUUUUUCAGUCACCAUCAUAGUUCUUUCUUCUAGUGUAUAACAUAGUUUUUGUUCAUAAAGAUGUAUAUACUUUUCUUUGUAAGGUGAAGUAAGACUUCUUUCAAGUAAAUCACUGGGUUGUACAUAGUUUUUCAAUUGCGAUUCUCUCCUGACUCUAGAAUGGAUCAGUUGGGAGACAAAAGUAGAUUUUGGAUAGUAGAUAGUGGAAGUAAAUAGUCAGCAAAAAUGUGAAUAAUUCGCUGCCAUUGUUGAGCGAUCUAGUGCAUCUAACUUAAAUUCUGACAAGAAUCAUUGGAGUGUGGGUUUGUCUGGUCAUGAUACUUAUGUCUUUGAGCAAGGUACUGUCCAUAAUUGCUUCUCUUAACCCAGGUGUAUAAAUGGGAACCUGGGAGGGCUGGGACGAUAUUAUGAUGUGUUUCUGGUUAGGGCAAAUAAAUAAGCAGGCUGGGGUUGAACACUUCCCAAUGAGUUGAGAAAGUUUGAGGAAUGGUCUUAGAGUGUCUGACAAUUGUAUCGAGAUAAUAAUGUUGUAAAGUGCCUUGACCUAGCUACUAGGGUAAGUGCACUAUAUGAGAACCAAAUAUUAUUAUUAAUAUUCAAUUUCAAAAAUCCUACAUAAACUUCACACAAGAAGAACUCUAUUGGUCUGAAAAAUAGCAGAAGCAUUUGCAAUGUAAUUAAUGUUUUGUCAGAGUGCCUUUACACAUAUUAUUUGUUUUUAUAGAUUAUGCAUUAAAAUUAUUUUUGACUGAAUGUUCGACUAAGCUGAGAAAAUAGCAUUUGAAGGCCCCAGAUGCCCAAUUGCUUAUUUUAAUUGCCAUAAGCAAAGUCAUCAACCAAGAUACACAUUGUGUUCAUGUUUCACUUAGCAUGAUAAACCAUUUACAAAAUGUAUACAUUAAAACUACUUUUCUAUUCAUGCAAUAAUGUGUUUAUCUUGAAGAUACAAUAUUGUAUUAUAAUCCCUUCAGUGGCAUUUCACCUGUACACCAAUUGUUGAAAGAUUCUUGUUAUUUAACAAAAAAUAUGUAGGUUCUUAUUCUUUGAUAAAAACUUCAUGCCUGCUGCAUCUCUCUUUAACUAAUGUUUUAAAUAAAGAUGUGCAAAUUACUUAAUGUUUGUAUGAAAUCAAGAGUGUAAUUUAUAAUAUAGAGUAUAAUUAUAUUAAUUAUAUAUAAUUAUAUAUCUAUUUUUAGAAUGU